CAUGUGUGUUGAGGCGCAUUAUUUGGCAACAGACGCGGCAGCGGGGAGGGCCGAAAAAAAGAGGAUAUCCCCUGGAUUUCAAAAAGCAACGAUUUAUCGAGGUUAACUGCAGAUUAAACAUUCCUUGGUCGACCAUCGGCGAAGAAGGGGCGACGAAGCGACCGAGGGAUGUCUGAGGAGGCGGUCCGCCAGACACGCAGCCAGAAGAGGGCGCUGGAGAGGGAAUCUGCUCCGCAAUCUAUAGUGUCCUCCAAUGCUACCAUUGAAAACAAAAAGCCUAGAUUGGACUUGGCUGAAGCCACAGAACAUGCACAAACUAAAGCUAAACCUGACGCCGACUCCAUACUGGCACAGGACAGUCAGAGUCGGACUAGAUUUGGAUCCGAGCCCGAGAGGGGGCAGGAGCUAGAGCAGAGCCGGCUGCCCUUAUCUUUAGUGUUACCUUUGACCUCCAAGCCAGUGAAGGAUGAUCGGGAGCGGACCCAUAGACAAACAGCUGAAUCCCCCUCAGACAAUCAGACUGACUGCAACGACAGAGCCAGCAGGACGAGGACAGAACCCAGUGUGGAUACAAAGAACCGGCUCCGCCUGGCCGAACCAAAGGUGUCUGGCGGCAUGUUGGCUGCCGGAGAGGUGAAGGCCACCAUUAAACUGGAAGUUCAGACGGGAGAGCAGCCUGUGGACAUGAGCACCUCUCGAGGGAAUAUAAAAAAAGAGAAGCGCCCUCCAACGCCUGAAGAUGAUGACGACGAUGUCAUCAUCUUGUCAGAUAACGACUCCCCAAGUCCUCCGAUGAAUGGCUUGAGCCACUUUAAGGAGCUGGACACAGACCUGCUCAUGAAGAGCUCCCCAGCUGAGAGGGAGCGCAUUAUUAAGCAGCUGAAAGAGGAGCUGAGACUGGAGGAGGCCAAGCUGGUGCUGCUGAAGAAGCUCAGACAGAGCCAGUUACAGAGGGACACUCUCCAGAAGCCUUCAGGUCAGUCAGGCUCCUCUGCACCACCUCCCCUGAUUCGGGGGACAAUUACAAGCAGCAAAGGCUCUCAGCAGAUUUUGACAGGCAGGAGUUCAGGCAUCGUCAUACCUCCUCCACUGGUGCGAGGAGGGCAGCAGGUGUCAUCCAAACACAGUUCACAGAUCAUCAUGCCUCCUCUGGUCAGAGGGGCACAGCCCAUCUCUGUGUCUCCACAGCAGAUCCAGGCUCUCCGCCAGCAGCAGCAGCAACAGCAGCAGCAGCAGUUGGCUGUGUCUGGAAGCUCAGGCCCCCCUCCUCUGCUGUUGGGACCCAGGACCUCAGCAACUACAGCCCAGAGCCAGAGAGGGAUGGUCCAGGCAGGUCUCAUCCGAGUGGGAAGUGCGAGUACCCUGGCCUCGUCAUCCAGUAUGAAGGGUUCGUCCUUGACAUCCCAAUCAGGAAGCAGUGGUGUUUCUCUGGUUAGUGUGAAUGACUCUCCAGCCAGCCGCCAAGCUGCAGCUAAACUUGCCUUACGGAAACAACUGGAGAAGACCUUGCUGGAGAUACCGCCACCUAAGCCGCCUGCCCCAGAGUUUAACUUCCUGCCGUCAGCAGCCAAUAAUGAGUUCAUCUACCUGGUGGGACUAGAAGAAGUUGUACAGAAUCUGCUAGAUACCAUCCACAGAGGAAAGACUGGCAUAGCGCUCUCCAAGGCUGUUACCAGAGAACCCUUUGUCUGCACCCAGUGCAGCACCGACUUCACCUCCCGCUGGAGGCAAGACAAGAGUAAAGGUGGGGUGGUGCUCUGUGAAGACUGUAUGUCAUCCAAUCAGAAAAAGGCUUUGAAAGCAGAGCACACCACUCGACUGAAAGCUGCGUUUGUAAAAGCGCUGCAGCAAGAGCAGGAAAUAGAGCAGCGUAUCAUUCAGCAGACUUCCUCACCAGUCUCGCACAGCACCUCGGCGUCUUCGUCUCAGUCACUGAAGGCAGAGCAGAUCGUGUCUCAGCAGCUUAAGCAGGCUCAGGCCAGAGUGUCUUCCCUCCAGCACCACCACCAGGCCAGCCGAGGAUCCACCAUUGUUCACCAUCACUCCAUCAAGCAGAGCCAGGGCCAGCUCUCCCGGCAGUGUUUCAUCAGUGGGAUGAGGGGUGUCCCCCACUCCUUCUCUUCCUCCUCCCAGCUGCAGAGCGCAGUGGCGGCCGCAGCGCUGGUCAGUCGGCCAGGUAAGCAUACUCAACUUUCCCACCACUCUGUCCAGAGUUCAAAGGUGAGCCGCAGUGGAGUCGGCGGUGGCAGGAAUGUCAGCGGAGGUAGUUCCUCAUCCACUGCAUGGAAGAAGCAGAACAACAGCAACACAGGAGUAACCAUGGCAUAUGUGAACCCUAGCCUGACAGGUCACAAAACGUCUGCCACCGUCGAUGCUCGCCAGAGGGAGUACCUGCUGGACAUGAUCCCCUCUCGCUCAUCAAUUUCACAGGCGGCAAACACGUGGAAAUAACUGAAACAGUACUAUUCAUUAUUAGUUCUUGUCCAAGGUCCUCGGCUCCAACAAUAAGGUCAACAACGCCCCCUGGAGGACUGUUAAGCAAAUACAAUGAUUCUUCAUGAGUGAAAUGUUUCCUCCUCAACCCUUUGUAUGAUUUUCUUGUUUUCCAUUUGAGUUGUUUAUGUUGAGGAUUGCCGUUUUCUUUUGUUUGUUUGUUUUUUUUUUGCUCUAAAUCGAAAAUACAAAUACUUGAAGGGCUUCCCUUGGCUACUUUUGUCCUCUAGACUGGGUUUGUAAAUGAUGAUGUGACAUAGCAGGUUAUGUGCGCAAUGAGUACUUUGAGUAACAUUCGUACUCGCUUUUGGGUGUAUAGACAUAUUAUGGGUCAAAAUGACCAAACAUAAUGACACUUGAAUGGUUAAUUUCAUACUCACGGGUUCAUGUUCAACAAGACUCAUAAUGUUCAGCAAAAAACAGCUUCAUUGUUAAACAAAAAAAAAAAGUACAUCUGUAGUUAAUGGUUUGAAUUUAUUUUGUAUUUACAAUAAGUUAUUUCUUUUUGACUGGUGUUUAAAAAAAAUCACCUGGUAUGUUAUGGUUUCCACAAAUGGAAUUAUUCUAGCAACCCCCCACCCCCAGUUUAAUGAAGCAUGCCUAAAAUUAACGCCCUGUUUUAUUUGCACCUCAGCUGAAGAAGCAUGGUGUGGCUUUAUUCAUCUGUAAUUACCAUUUGUAAUUUCUUAUUUUAUAUUAAUGUCUACAUUGUAAGAUUAUUUUGAGAGUUACAUUAUUGCCGAGAACAUGCAAACUCUGAAGGAGCUAAAUUUUGCCACACUGGAGCCAGAGAGCUUGUCUCCAAUUUUUUCAACCACAAUUCAAGAAAUAUGCAGUAUAUUUGUUUAAAGGGGAAUACAAGAUAAUGUGUCCCUGAAGUACAAAAAGCCCAUCUUUUAUCUUGUGUCAUACAUGUUGCAUAAUUUCACUGCUUCUCGAUCUUAAUUGCAUUGUACAAACGUUAAAAUUUAUUUGGUUUACUUUUUCCUAGCUCCUAAAGAAAUAAUAAAAAUAUUAAUAAUUUUA